CUUUAAUAGUCACAAAAAUCGAACUUAUUAAAUAAUUCUUUUAAAAAAUUGACGUUACUUGAACGUGGUACUGUGAACGAGGUCACCCUACAAUAUUAACCUCUUCAGUAAACAUAACCCUUGAGGAUCCGCACUCAUCCGCAGAUGUGCGUCCGUGCAACCCGUCUGUUCCGACUGUGGAGGUUUAAGAGAAGCAAGCGGUUUAAGAUCCUGAGGAGGCUGUGGCGAUAACAUGAGGUCUGCGUUGCUGAUUCUUACGCUGUUGGCGUACCAGCCAUGCCACAGUAGACCGGCGGAGGAGGAGUCUGUGGUGAGCGUGUACACCACGCAGGGCACUACUAGCGGCACCCACCCGCCCCUGGACGUCUACCACCAGAUCGCCAACAACAUUGCUGAGAGGAUCACGUCUCCUAUUUACAGGUUUCUAGGUCUUGGCAAAAACAAAACAGUCUCUUUGACAACGACCACUAAACAUUCAUGGGAGAAGAUCGAAAUAUUGGACGAUGGGUUUGAAGAAGCGACAAAAUCUAGCUAUCUUCCGGUCGACAACGAUAUCUCCAGAGGUAGAGAUGUAGAGGAACUCUCGGUGCAAGGGCUGAGAAAGAGUGACGUUAAACCGGAGAAACUUACAUUGUAUUCUAGCUACUUACCUGUUAAAAGUAAUCUAGAAAAUCUUGGCAAUGAUACGAACAAUGAUGCAGAUAGUAAGUCAGAAGAUGACGAUGAUGACGGUUUAACUCUAGAUGACGUCAACGGAGACGAUGAUGGGUCCGAUGACAACAUUUUCUAUUACUUUCUGGAAUUGUUAGGAAGUCUUGCGCAAUUAUUGUGGGGGAGUAUUAGUGCUGUGUUUAAUGGAAGCAGUUCUAAUAACAACUCCUCAUAAGAAACAUUUUUUUCUAUUAAUCUAAGAUUAUAGGGUAUUUGACAGUAUUAAAAAUAAAGUGCCAUAUGUUAGCAUCUGUGUUUAGAAUGAAUACUGUACUAGUUUUACUAAAAACCCACGAAAAAGAUAAUAGUUUUCUUAUCUAUUCUCACGUGACUCAAAACGCUUGGGAUUGGCGGAGCCUAAAAUGACGUCACACGCAAGUAAACUUCCG